UGGACAGUGGCGAUUUUGCAUGAGUUGCUUUCUCUUCUAGUGUCAAAGAAGACAGAGAAAGAGAAUUUGCUUUGUUUUGGAGAGUGUUUGGGGUUGGGCUUGAGAUUUAAGAAGGCUUUAGUACAUCACCCUGCUAAAGUGCAUGUGGUUGCAGAACAUUAGUUUCCUCUCCUUCUUUUUGCAUGGUAUUGGUAUUCAAGUGAGCAUUUAUCAAGCAUGAAAAUAUUCAGUGGAUGGCAUCGUUUUGUUUUUGGUCUUCCUUUAAUUUUCCUCCUUACUCAUAUGUUUUCUGUCAUGGAGUUGCACAAGAACUCAAAAAUGGAGGAACCCCACAAGCAACUAAGCAAGAAAUUUGAUCAUCUGGUUCUUGGUCCUGCUGCUGGACAAGGCUUGUCAAAUCGUUUGCAUUGCCAAGGGACAAAAGCUCUUAACAGGACUCAUUCUUCCAACAGCAGAUCAGGUGUAGAUGGAAGUAUCACAAUUGUCACUGUCUUUACCAUUUAUAAUUCUUCUCUCAAUAAUGUAGAUGAUAAAUCAUCGAACACAGUUGUUGGCAAUGCUUCAUACAAUAAGGUGGACAGAUCAAUGGCUGUGUUGAAUGUCUUCAUUAACUUCAUUCAGGUGGCAAUGCCCCAGAGCAAAAUGAUUAUUCUCACAGAUCCAGUGUCUGAUCUCUCUUUGCGCAGAAAUGGGGUUUCUCUAUAUCCUAUACAAGGUGAAUAUUCACGAGACAAGUUGAUGCUUCAAAGGAUCAGGUCUUACAUAACCUUUUUAGAAACAAGACUUCAGAAGCUUUCUCAGAAGCCGAGGAAUAUCACUCAUUACAUCUUCACGGAUUCUGAUAUAGCAGUGGUUGAUGAUUUAGGGCAGAUUUUUAGUGACCAUCCUCAUUUUCAUCUGGCUCUUACCUUUAGGAACAACAAGGCUCAACCUUUGAAUUCAGGAUUCAUUGCAGUACGGGGUACCCCUGAUUCAAUUUUAAGGGCAAAACUUUUCCUACAAGAGGUUCUGAAAAUUUACACCUCAAAAUACAUAAAUGCUUCCCGCAUGCUAGGUGAUCAGUUAGCUCUUGCUUGGGUUGUGAAGUCAAAACCUUAUUUUGAUGCCAGCAGGUUUGCCAAAGCACUUGCUUUCUCUGAAGACAUUGGCGGUACUUCAGUAUUGUUCUUACCUUGUGCCCUAUAUAACUGGACUCCGCCUGAGGGUGCUGGUCAAUUUCAUGGCAUGCCAUUGGAUGUUAAGGUUGUUCAUUUUAAAGGAUCAAGAAAACGUCUAAUGCUCGAGUCUUGGAAUUUUUAUUCCUCUUCUCUCAACAUCGCUGACAUGUUAUGCCUCAUUUUGGGAAGUGGGAGAACAAAAUAUGAUUUUUGAGAAUGUUCAGUCCUGAAAGAUUAUAUACUGCAGCAUCUCGUGACAUUCAUGGCUCCCUAUUUUAGUGCAGAAAAUGUCAGACAGUGAUAUUGCGCCAAUACCCUUUAUAAUUUGUGAUAGGGUACUGAUAGCUGGAAACUAGAAGGCAGGAACUGGACUUGCUUUGUUCUUUUACUUAGGAGAGUUCUUUUCAGAAGAUACAGUUUUGUCCCACUCCACCGUAUCAGCAUAUGGAGUGUGAUAUUAUUGCUUUUGAAAUGGUACAGAGGAAUGUACAAUCUUCUGCAAUUGGGAAAGACAUAUAAUUGAGUUUGAAUUGCUUCCAAAUGACCCAGCUGGUUGGAUUUUAUUGCUGAACAUGUAUAGCCUAUCGGAAGAGUAUAGGGCAGUUAACAUGUUGAACCACCCUUUCAUAGUUGAAUUACACUAUUGAAGGUUUCUUGUUUCCGUAUGCAUGCGAAAUCGGAAGAGUAAGGGGGCAACUGAAAAUUGUUAUUCUAAUAUUUCCACUGAACAACAAAUUGUCAUAUAAUCAUUGAUAGAUUAUCAACUUUCACUGUACAAUCAUAUUGACAUCUCUUAUUUUUAGUCUACGAGAUAAACUUCUUGAUUCAUCAAUUAAUGGAAAUGAACACCAUGA